AGGAUGCUGGGCUCCCGAAACUGGCGGGCCAUGCAGGACAUGCGCAGGUACCGGCACCACUACCCGGAUCUGGUACAACGAGACAGCAAUGGGGACAUGCCCAACCUGAGUUUCUACAAAAACGAGAUCCGGUUCCUGCCAAAUGGCUGCUUCAUUGAGGAGAUUCUCCAGGACUGGAGGGACGACUACGACCUCCUGGAGGACAAUCACUCCUACAUCCAGUGGCUCUUUCCUCUGCGGGAACCAGGAGUGAACUGGCACGCCAAGCCCCUCACGCUGAGGGAGAUCGAGGCAUUCAAAAGCUGCCCGGAGGUCAUGGAGCGGUUCGUCCUGGCCUACGAGCUCAUGCUGGGCUUCUACGGGGUCGAGCUGGAGGACCGGGUCACAGGUGCAGUGUGCCGCGCACACAACUACCAGAAGCGCUUCCAGAACCUAAACUGGCACAGCCACAACAACCUCCGCAUCACGCGCAUCCUCAAGUCGCUGGGCGAGUUGGGGCUGGAUCACUACCAGGCGCCGCUGGCGCGCUUCUUCCUGAAGGAGACGCUGGUGUGCCGGCAACUGCCUGCCGUGCGUCAGAGCGCGCUGGACUACUUUGUGUUCGCUGUGCGCUGCCGCCGCCAGCGCCGCGCGCUCCUGCGCUUCGCCUGGGAACACUUCCGGCCACGCUGCAAGUUCGUCUGGGCGCCACAUGACAAGCUGCUGCGGCUCCCCCUCCGCUCGCCUACCCGCCAGCGAGAGGAUGACAGUCCCGGGGGACCCCUCGACGAGGCCAGCGCCCGAGGUCGGACCUGCGGGCCGGGCGGGGACAGUGCGCCCCAGGAGGCAAAAUCCUCCAAGGGAGACCCGGAAGAUGCGCCCAGCGAGGUGGAUGCGUGCGGUGAGCAGGGGCCUGAGCCGUCAAGCCCCAAAGAGAGCAAGAAGAGGAAACUGGAAGUGAACCGGCCUGAGCAGGCCGCAGGGGAGCCAGGCCCACAGAGCGCCUCGGAGGUGGAAAAAAUAGCCCUGAACCUGGAGGGGUGCGCCCUCAGUCAGGGCAGCCUCGGGGUGGGCGCCCAGGACACCGAGGAAGACGAGCGGCCCUGCCCCCAGCCCAUGGAGGCCAAGGUGGCUGCUGAUGAGGUCAGGAAGCGGCGGAAGGUGGACGAGGGCGCAGCCGCCAGUGGUGAGGCCCAGAUGCCGGCUCCCACCUCAGGCCCGGCUGCAUCAGAGGGACCCGAAGCCAGAGAGGGCGAGAGUGGUGUGGGCAAGGAAGCAGAAGGCGCGGCAGGGGAGGAGCAGAGUGCUCCCGGGAGCCCUGCAGAGGGCCCAGCCCAGGCCACCACCGGGCCCCAAGUGGAUGAAGGGGCAGCGGCCGGGGCGGGGCCUUUAGCCACACCCACAGAGCCAUAGAGGAGGGGGUGCAGGCUGCACCUCCAGCCACCUCGAGGCAGCCCUGCCGGUGAGGGGUUGGGGACAAGGGUCCUGGGAGCCCUGUUGUCUGCCUUUCCCAGCGCCCGGCAGUGCUGGCCUCUCCCUGGGGGGGGUGCGGGUCAGGUCACUGCAGCACACACACGCACCCCCCAGGGAAGACCGAGACCCCUUGGGGAGGUCAAAUACGGACUGCAGAAUUCUUACCUCGAAGGAGAGGAUUUCCGGCUGUUUCCUGCCCCAGUCCUUCUUUAUCUUUGUAAAUUGACCUUAGGGGACUGGGGUAGGGGCUCAUUUUCUUAGUGUGGUGCCGGGUCCUUUUCUGAAUAAACUCAUUGGACUUCAAGUUUCGGGGGCAUGAAUGGGACCCUGUCAGUGGUGGGUGGUCUCUGGACUUGCUUCCUCCCCUUGGGUUCAGAGUGGCCUUGUGGGGCUGCAGCACGGUUCUGCCCAGUGGGCGGUCCUCCAGGCUGUCACUGCCCCGCAGCGCACAAGACGCCGGAGCCUCUCUCCCGCACACCGCCGAGCACAGACACGCUUUUUUUAAUAUUUGGUGUUUGGGGUGAAGGUUUACACAGCAGUUUAGGUUCCCA